AUUUGUCAUUCAUGUUUUGAACUUGAUCAUAGAGGGGGAAUACGAGAGUUUUAUAAAAUUGUAUGAGUCUUUAAAAACAUAAUUAAACAAGAUAAAAUGAGUUCAUUUGGCGAAAUUGUUGAACCGGCAAGCCGAACAAUUUGGGAAGAUUGGGAUGAUAUUUUACCAGAAAGCGAAGAUUCUAAAUUGCAGUGGCAAAAUAAAGUCGAAAUAAACCAUGACAUUGAUACAUUCUACUUUAUUGAUGGGAAAUAUUUAAAAAACUUCAUAGAUCUACAGUCACAGCAAUUGCAAUUAGUAAAUGAAAUUAAAGAAGUGAAUUUAAGAAUAUAUAAAAAUAAACUGCUUCAUAAAUAUCUGUGUACAAUGAGAGAUUAUGAUAUUGUAUUAAGCAGUGAAAUUGUUGAAUUGUUACAUCCAUAUUUGGAAUCUUGCAAAAAUGUUAUAAUGAUCCAAACAAUACCUAUUUCUGAAUAUCGAAGUAGCCAUCUUGUACAUCCAUGUGUUAUCAGAGGACUAUACACAUCGGCAGUAACAAAUAAAACAGAGUUUAAAUUUCCAAAACUAGAGCAACCUAAUAUAAUAUCUGGUGUUGCGGCAGGAGUAAUAUCAUUAAGGGAACAAUUGGAUCAAAAUGGAAUAGCAUUGAUAUGUUACAUGGAGAAUACAGAUGACUAUCAAGUGGAAGAGUUGCAAAAAUUGUUUGAUAAACUUGAUAUGGGGUCAGUUUACAAACCAACUAUUAAUAAUAUAAUUAGCUCUAAUUUAUAUAUUUGAUUUACAUUAAAUAUUGUCUUAUAUAAA